GUCUGACGUGCUAUCAGUUUAUUGCCUCAUUGGAUUUUUCCCCAUGGCUUUUCAACAAAUUAAAGUCUAAAGUUUUGGAAGAAAAAACUCUCGUUUUUAAAAUCAAAUCCUACAAACGCCAAGUGCUGCAGCAAAUAAAAAAAGAAGAAAAAAACAGCAAAGUUUCGGUGAUUGAAUCGCAUUGUGCAUUGCGAAAAAAGAAACGAACCUGACGGAGAGGCCUUUAACCUUUCUUAGCAUUUUAGCGUGAAGUUUAAUAAUAGACCAAUCCAAAGGAAUCGCGAACUGAAUUGAGUAGUCGAUUUUUAUUCCAUUCCAUCAGAAGUAGUUACAAAGUUACAUUAUUUUGUUAACAAAAAGAAAAGAAAGACGACAAGGAGAAAAAUAAAUUUUGUAAAAACACUGCAAUUCGGCAGUUCGUUGUUUGGUGGCUGUUCGUGUGUUUUUGCAUUGGUGUUGGUUCGACUGCAUAUUUAAUUGAUCUCAUACGUUGAAAAAAUUGUGAAAUUAGUUGCCACAUAUUGUAAAAGCUAAACAGGAAGGCAAAGCGAAAGCGGGCGAGUUAAAUCGAUCGAUCGUCGUCAUCAUCAUUUAAAGAAUAUACUAGGCAAGGAUAGGCUUUUUCUCCCGCAUACGUUGAACACAGCAUGAAUAGAAGAGAUGGGAGCGUUCCUGGAUAAACCGAGAACGAAUAAGCACAAUGACGGUGGUGAGGGUAACAAAUUGCUCUUCGGUGUUAGUUCCAUGCAGGGCUGGCGAUGUGAAAUGGAAGAUGCAUAUUACGCCCGAGCUGGUCUUGGUAAUGGUCUAGACGAUUGGUCAUUCUUUGCUGUGUUCGAUGGCCAUGCUGGCUACAAAGUUUCGGAGCAUUGUGCCAAGCAUUUGCUCAACAGCAUCAUUGGCACAAAGGAAUUUCGAAGUGGCAACCAUGUGAAGGGUAUACGCAAAGGUUUCUUAGACAUCGAUAAUAAAAUGCGUUCAAUGCCUGAAUUAUGUGAGAGUGCCUCAAAAUGUGGCGGCACUACCGUCGUUUGUGCUUUUGUCUCACCCACACAAGUGUAUAUAGCGAAUUGCGGAGACUCACGCGCCGUGCUGUGUCGCCAGGGUACACCGGUCUUUGCCACCCAAGAUCAUAAACCCAUAUUGCCAGAGGAGAAGGAGCGCAUACACAAUGCCGGUGGCAGUGUAAUGAUAAAACGUGUCAAUGGCACACUGGCGGUUUCAAGAGCUUUGGGAGAUUACGAUUUUAAAAAUGUGGAAGACAAGGGUCAGUGUGAACAACUGGUCUCACCCGAACCGGAAAUCUUUUGCCAAGCACGGCAAGACACAGAUGAGUUUCUAGUUUUAGCCUGCGAUGGCAUCUGGGAUGUUAUGAGCAACGAAGAUGUCUGCAGUUUUAUACACUCGAGGCUGAAAAUCUCCAAUGAUUUGGUGGAGAUAGCAAAUGAAGUCGUAGACACAUGUUUGCACAAGGGCAGCCGAGAUAAUAUGAGUAUCAUUAUUAUAUCCUUUCCUGGAGCACCUAAACCUACCGAAGAAGCCAUGGCCAACGACAGACGGUUGGAUAAACAAAUCGAAAAAAUUGCAAGAGAGGAAAUCGAAACCAAUGAUUUCACAUAUAUUUGUGAACUAAUGGACGCUAUACAAAGUAAAAAUAUUGAGGGUCUUCCACCAGGUGGCGGUUUACAUUCAAAGUAUCAUAUUAUAGAGCGGAUAUUUAAGGAAAUGUUCCCCGAAGAACAGUGUGAAACGGCAUCACAUUGAAACCCGGUAAAAAAAAAAGAUUUUUAUAUAUAUGAUAAAGUGCAAAUUUAAUAAGAAACCAACUGUAAACCGUAAAACCAACAACAUCAUCUAUAAACAAACAAAAACUGAUGUCAACAACCAAAAAAAAAAUUGCAAAACAUAAUGAACAACAACAAUAUUUUUGCAUACAAUCCAUACUAAGAAGAAUAAUGCCCGCCAUCCCUCUUUUAUUUAUCAUACCUUACAACUUACCAACCAUCAAAAUCCAACAACACAUGAAAAUGCCCACUCUACAUCAACAACAUCCCUCCCUAAAGAGAACGUCUAAUCCAGGCAAAAAAAAAGAAGAAAAACAGAAUGAUCCUCAAGCCCUAGCACACACAACCAUACUCAAGUAUCGUAGUGACAACAAGAACAACCACAAAAAGAAUUAUAAUUAAUUUUUACAAUAAUUUACAAAUGUUUUUUAAGUUUAAACUAAAAAGAAAAACAAAACACAAAAAAAAAAAAUAAUAGCAACAAAACAAACAAAAAUACCAAGGAAGAAGAAUCAAAUUCAUUCAUUCAAAAAAAAAAAAAAAAAAAUAAAUAAAAAUAAAUAAUAAUACCUAAUAAAUAAAGAAAAGAAAAACGUUUUUAGCAGCAGCAGUCACAUUUCAUCAAGCAACCAAACAACACCAACACACUCAAACACAUAUAAAACAACUCCGCCAAGUUCUGAGAGACAGUGAAGUGAAACAAAAACCACGUAUACUUAAAAACAAAACAAACUAAUUUAUAAGUUAUUAAACAAAAACCAAACAUAUUUUUCUUUUUUUUAUAUAUACGAAAAUAUGUAUACAACACACACACAUUCACAACAACAUACAACACCCCCACACACACACAUGAAACACCGAAAAUUACCAACCCAGCAACAAUAAAUAUCACACAUACAACAAAAAAAGGACAUACUACAGAAACGGAAGAAGUUGAAUAAGAUGAAACAAAACAAAAACACAA